UCAAUGUCAUCUGUCAAAAAUUUAACUCAUGGUUUUAAAAGUAUUUUGGAAAAUUGUGGUGUAGCAAAUUACUUAAUUGCCUAAUUCCAAGACCCAUUAAUGCAUUGAGUUUAAAUAUCUAAUCAUAUUUAGGUAUAUAACUUGAUUCCAAAAAAAAUAUGCACUUGUGACGGCCUUUGACCUAAAUGUUUAGUUAGGAACAAAAUGGCGAAAUGUUGGAACUGAUAAACAUCACUGCCUUUUUGUAAUAGUUAAGAAUUAGAUUUUUAAGUGUUUAAACAUAAUGAAAGAUAUUGCUUUGGCUGCUCUCUCGGUUGUCGCAAGUUUUAUUCUUGUUAUACUGUUUGUUUUAUUUGGAUGGUUUAUUGUCUGGAAGCUCAUUCUAAGUAGAUUCCGUUUUAUUAAAGAACUGUUGAAGGGAGCAAGUGACUCUACAAUUACGGAAUUGAAAAACACUAGGAGUAAACUCAAGAGGACAAGAAAGGACUGAUUUAUCUUCUCAAAAUGAAUAUUCGAUGUGCAAAACCAGAAGAUCUUAUGAACAUGCAGCACUGCAAUCUGUUAUGUCUACCAGAAAACUAUCAGAUGAAAUAUUACUUUUAUCAUGGCCUUAGUUGGCCCCAACUAAGUUAUGUAGCUGAAGACGAAAAAGGUAACAUAGUUGGUUAUGUCCUAGCAAAAAUGGAAGAAGACCAAGAAGAUCUCAAGCAUGGUCACAUAACCUCCCUGGCAGUGAAGCGAUCCCACAGGCGAUUAGGGCUAGCCCAGAAACUGAUGGAUCAAGCUUCAGAAGCCAUGGUCGAAUGUUUUGACGCAAAAUAUGUUUCGCUGCAUGUUCGUAAAAGCAAUCGCGCCGCUUUAAAUCUAUACAAAAACUCUUUGAAAUUUGAAACUGUCGAAAUUGAGCCAAAAUAUUAUGCAGAUGGUGAAGAUGCAUAUUCCAUGAGACGAGACUUAUCUGAAUUCGCUAAGAAAGUUAAACCUAAGUCUGAGACUAAAAACGAAGAAUAGUGUAAUUAUUUGUAAUUUUUGUAUUUAUAGCGAAUAUAAUAUACAUAUUUAAUAUUAA